CUGUUAAGAUUUACAUCUUUAAUUUGCCAACAGUUUAACAGACAAUUGUCUGUUAAUUGUAGAUGAACGGUAAGAAAGCUUUCGCUUAUCAUUUCAUUUCUGUUUCAAAGUUUAUUGACUUCAAUGUUAUUCCAAAUCAAUUAAUGGUGUAUAUUUUUAUUCCUGUUGAAAUAUAUCUAAAAGUGUAACCUGCUAGUUAACGGAUCUAUUUGUAAUUUUAAUUGCUGUUCAGUUAAACAAUCAGAUAAAUUGUGUUAUCAAGACUUGGACUACAGAUCGUCUCUUUGUUCACUCUGAUGUUAACAUUUUGGUUUCCUGAUGAUUGUAAGUGUCUUUUAAUGGUAAAUGCAAGUUUAGGUUUAAUUAUUCACAAUUAGCAACAUCAGUCAUCUAUUGAUGAUCUAGUUAACAGUCAGUAACAUGGAGUGUUAACAAUAAUGGUAAUCUUCGCAGAAUCAACUCUUAUUUAUCAACUUUGAACAUCUCAAUAAGAAAAGGAAAAUUGUAAAUUAAGGUAAUUAUAUUAAUUUUUAACAGGUCAUUAGGUUGUUUAUUAACACUAUCCAGCUUAACCUGAUCAGUUUGGUUAUUAUACCAUCGAUCAACGGUGUAAUAAAGCUGCAAGGGUCAGCCCUUUGACCAGACAAGUCUUCACUUAAAACCAUCAAAUGGACAGACUGAAAAUACUGGUGAAAGUUUAUUGUAUUCAGUCUUAUUGGAGUAGCACAAAAUGUAUCCUUAACCAGUUGUGAACAAAAUCCAAAACACUAUCAUCUUUAUUUGCAUUUAAAUUAAGAAACUUAACAUGUUUAAUGAUUAUCACAAUAUAAUUAAAUAGCUAUUUAGCCUGGUAACCUUGAGGACAUACAAUUUGAUCGAUUAACUUUAAUCUUUACUGAUUUUCUAACUCAAAUAUGUUGACUCGAUCCGCAAAAAGAUGGUAAAGAUGACUUUAAGAACGAGGAGGUUCAAAAGGAAAGGAAAGGAAAGGAACUAAAGAGGAGGGAGGAGAGGACGAAAAGAAAGUGAUACAAGUGAUAAGUUUAUCCAUAUAUAAUACGAAAUGUCGUUAAAUGUUGGGUCACUUUUUUUGUGCUGACUGUAAAAAUUAGAGAUAAAAGACACUCAUAGUUGAACUCACAGUAUGUCUCAUAGUUGAACUGUUUAAACGUUAAAGAAACGUCUUUUCUUUGUCUUCUUUUGCAUUCCUUUUUCUUUGUCUCUCUGUGUUCUACGUGACUUUUCCUUCUUUUUUCUGUCAUUUGUUUUUGUUUUGCAAAAAUGGCUACUUUUACCAAAUUAUCCCUUUCAAUGUUUCAAUUUUUACUCAUCGUUUCUUUUGUAAUUAAUGUUGUUCAAUGUGGACCUAAAUGUAACAUUAAUAAAGCUGAUAAAUGUGCUGCAGAUGUGUUCGUUUUUGGGCAUUCAAAUAUUACGCUACCGGAAAACUCAGAACAAGUUGAACAACAUUGCAAAGCACGCUUUCAAGCUUUAAGAUGCGUUCAAAAUUAUAUCCGAGAUUGUUUAACUCUAUUCCCGAAGCAAGUUGUGUCUUUAUUGAUUAAAGGAGCUGCUAACAAUGCCAAACAACAGUGUAAAAUUGAUCGUCAAGAGUUUAUCGAAAGAUCAAAGUGCUAUCGUAAAAACCGUGAAGGUUUGGGACAAUGUAUGAAAAAAUUAAUAGUAGAAUUGGCAGAAGCUGAGAAACAAAAGGAUAAAGUUCCAUUAACUUGCUGCAUAUUACGACAGUACCGAGAUUGCAGUAUAAAAAUAUUGGAUGCUGAUCAGGAACAAUGCAAACCUGAUGAUUCGAGAUAUUUCUUGAAGAUGGUUGAAGGAAACGCUGCUGAUGUUUUUGAACUUGUUUGCCGUAACAAUAGAAAAAUUGAGAAGCCAGUCAACAGCAAAGGAGAAAAGGUUUGCCUUGAAAUAAAUGAGCGUCAGGCAAAAUCAUCGAGCAGGCGAACAUUGUCUCUAUUACCUUCUUAUAUCAAAAUCUUUACCGAAUAAUCUGGUUCAUGUUCCAUAACCAAUAUUCAAUAUUCUGGUUCAUAACCAUGUUCAUCUACACAAACCAUCAACCUGGACUCAUAACCAGUUCUGAUAAAUUUCCGUGUCUCCUGUCUAACAAAACUGUGUCUCCAUGUAAAUUAAACCAAAUUUCACCCACAAGGAAACAAAAGAAAAACGACCUGUAUCCAACAGUUUCAAUCAUUGUUUGUUCUCCUCUUUUAUCCUCAAAGUUAAAUGUCACCUUUGUAAAUAAUUUCGCUUUAUAAAAAAAAUCAAGAUCUCAACAUUUUUGGUAAAAUAUUAUUUUUUGUCCAUGAUAAAGAUGUCCUUGUCCAGUCAAUACUCCAAAAAGAAACGGAAAUCAAAUUUGUAUUCCAUAUAUACAUUACAUAUACAUUUAUUAAAUCAAUAAAUAUGAAAUGCAUUUCACCUAAAA